CACAUGGACUAGACCAUCUGGGCUGCAGAACCUCGCACCUGACGGGAUCACAUUUUGGAUCAGUCUGGCUUAUCUUACUGGGGUCUUCCUCUCCAACAAUCCCCCAGCAAGAUCUUACUUUUGAUUCCUUCCAGGGUGCAGCUGCCCUUUACACAAAUACAACUAAAUUUAAUAAGUCCUCCUCUAGUCCCUUCUUACCAUAUAUAUAUAUAUAUUUUUUUUUCUUGGUGGGCUUUCCUUGAGGUUGCUGAGCCAAAUCAAUCCAGGCUUUUCUAUUAUUUGAAAUUAACUCGUUGGUCUGCAGCACUGAGGCAGAGAAGUUGGGGACCUUAUUUCAUUUUCUCUCCCUUUUUGGGCAACGGAGCAAUGAAAUUUCCAAUCGAGACUCCAAGAAAACAGGUGAACUGGGAUCCUCAAGUGGCUGUUCCUGCGGCAGCACCAACUUGUCAGCCCAAGAGUGUCACUAACGGGCACUACCCAGCCCCACGCCUCUCGAUUUCCUCUCGAGCCACAGUGGUUGCCAGUAUGGAAAAUACCUCCCAGGGCUUACAGACCGUCAUGAAGUGGAAAACAGUCGUGGCCAUCUUUGUAGUUGUGGUGGUCUAUCUGGUCACAGGAGGUCUUGUCUUCCGGGCACUUGAACAACCCUUUGAGAGCAGCCAGAAGAAUACAAUUGCCUUGGAGAAGGCAGAGUUCCUUCAGGACCACAAGUGUGUGGGCCCACAGGAAUUAGAUACACUGAUUCAGCAUGCGCUUGAUGCAGACAAUGCUGGAGUCAGUCCCAUAGGAAAUUCUUCCAACAACAGCAGUCACUGGGAUCUUGGAAGUGCCUUUUUCUUUGCUGGGACAGUCAUCACCACUAUAGGAUAUGGAAAUAUUGCUCCAAGCACUGAAGGAGGCAAAAUCUUUUGUAUAUUGUAUGCCAUCUUUGGAAUUCCACUCUUUGGCUUCUUAUUGGCGGGAAUUGGAGACCAGCUUGGAACUAUCUUUGGGAAAAGUAUUGCAAGAGUGGAGCAGGUCUUUCGUAAAAAGCAAGUGAGUCAGACGAAGAUUCGGGUGAUCUCAACCAUAUUAUUCAUCUUGGCAGGCUGCAUUGUAUUUGUAACAAUUCCUGCAGUCAUUUUUAAGUACAUAGAGGGAUGGACAGCUUUGGAAUCCAUAUACUUUGUGGUUGUCACAUUGACCACUGUUGGCUUUGGUGAUUAUGUGGCAGGGGGAAAUGCUGGUAUCAAUUAUCGAGAGUGGUAUAAGCCGUUAGUAUGGUUUUGGAUCCUGGUGGGUCUUGCCUACUUUGCUGCUGUGCUCAGUAUGAUUGGAGACUGGCUUCGGGUUCUGUCCAAAAAGACAAAAGAAGAGGUGGGUGAAAUAAAAGCACACGCGGCUGAGUGGAAAGCCAAUGUGACAGCGGAGUUCAGGGAGACACGGAGACGCUUGAGUGUGGAGAUCCAUGACAAGCUUCAGCGGGCAGCCACGAUCCGGAGCAUGGAGCGCAGGCGCCUGGGGCUGGAUCAGAGGGCCCACUCCUUGGACAUGCUAUCUCCUGAAAAGCGCUCCGUCUUUGCUGCACUGGAGACUGGGCGCUUCAAAGCUUCAUCACAGGAGAGCAUCAAUAACCGACCCAACAACUUGCGCCUAAAGGGGUCAGAGCAUCUGAACAAACAUGGACAAGGAGCAUCUGAGGACAAUAUCAUCAACAAGUUUGGGUCUUCUUCUUCCAAACUCACCAAGAGGAAAAACAAAGAUCUUAAAAAGAGUGUCCCAGAGGAUGUUCAGAAAAUUUACAAGACCUUCCGGAAUUAUUCCUUGGAUGAGGAGAAAAAAGAAGAAGAUUCUGAAAAAAUGUGCAACUCAGACAACUCAAGCACAGCUAUUUUGACUAACUGUAUCCAACAGCACUCGGAGAUGGAGAAUGGUGUGAUACCUUCUGAGACCAAAGAAAGGGAACAUGAAAACAAAUCAUUACUUGAAGACAGAAAUUAAAUGUAAUGUGAUGUUAGUGUUUUUAUAUACAUAUUGAGACAUGUGCCUUAUAUGAACCUCUUUAAUUAGUCUGAAUUACAUAGCAUUGAAGAAUAUUUCACUGUGCCAUAAAUGACUGAAAGCUGGCUCUGCCAAAAUGAAUCAAAGUACAGCACUUCAAAUAGUGACAGUAGAACACACACUGGGAGUUUCAACAAGUAGGUUACCAUGGUGAAAUGUUAAGGGAGACAGUUACCAUGGCAAUACAACUGGAAGGUUACCACCCUGGCAUUAUAGUUGGGGGGGAAAGGGCAGCUAUUUUUUAGACCAGCCUUUUGAAAGAAAAAAAAAGGUGAGAAUUAUGUAUCUUAUCAGUGGAGUCCUAUUUCCUGAACAUCUUGUAUGUUUCCUGAAUAUACAUAGUGAAAAGGAAAUGAUUGGGGUGAACUUAUUAGAAAUUCAUUUUACAUUUUGGCAAGUGCUCUGAGCUUGAUUUUUUUUAGAAUCAUUUAAUGCAUAGUCUUUCUAAACUCCAAAAGAAUGUCCAUGGAACCUGAGACCAGCUGGAUGUUGGAAGCAGAUCAGAGCAAACAUGUUAAAAGGUGCAAUUACUUUUCUCAUUAAAAAGAAAGAAAAGAACAACAAAAAACAUCA